AUGACAGGAACUACUGCAACAUCCUUAGCAACGGGGCAUCCCGCUACUGAUAUCGAAGCCCUACCCUCAGCCAGCGGGGAUGUCAACAAGGGGACGAACACGGAGUCUUUAUCUGCGACCUCUGAAGCAAGCCCUUCACAGGAGGAGGAUGACCUGACCAUUUCGAAUGCGCCUAGGCUCCCCUUGCACCGUCUGUUCUGGUUCUUCUUCUAUAAUUUCGGCCUCUUCGCCUGGGGUGGUCCUGUCGCCCAAAUCGCUCUUAUCAAAGAGAAAUUGGUCGUCCAAGACAAGUGGAUCACACUUGCCAGAUUCCAACGAGUCUUUGCUGUGUACCAGAUCCUCCCAGGCCCAGAAGCUGCUGAACUAUGCAUGUUCUUCGGGUGCUUGAGUGCUGGCAGAAUCGGUGGUAUUGUUGCUGGCCUGGCGUUCAUCUUGCCUGGAUUUACUCUGAUGCUGGUUGCCAGCUACUUGUAUAGUUUGGCAGGUUUUGAGAAUAAAUACGUGAAUGCCAGCUUUCGAGCAUUGCAACCUAUUGUAGCUGCCAUGAUUCUGAGAGCUGUGCAUAAGAUAGCCGACCAUUCAGUUGUCAAGCCCCGGACAAAGAAAGUAGACCCAUUCCUGAUUAUUGCGAUGGUCUGCACGAUGGUCAAUAGUGCCCUACGCAUCAACAUCUUCAUCUCUCUCGCUGUCUAUGGUAUCCUUUACAUGCUCAUCUCCCGCCGUCUUUGGAUCCCGGCAAGUAUCAUCUUUAUCCUCCAAUAUGUGGUUUAUGCCAUCUAUGUUGUCUUCCGUGGCGUACCCUUGCCGGUCUCUCUCGCUCUUGGAAUCGCAAAAUCACCGUCUCUCAUCAACCUCUUCGUGCUUGGCUUAGUGGCCGGCACUCUCUCCUUCGGUGGCGCGUAUACUGCAAUACCAUUUAUCCAGGUUGAAGCAGUUCUCAAAGGUGGAUGGCUGUCUCAAAGAAUUUUCAUUGAUUGCAUUGCCAUUGGAAAUGUUCUACCAGCCCCUCUUGUCAUAUUUGCGACCUUCGUCGGUUUUCAAGGUGGCCUUGUAGAUGGCGGCCUGGGGAAUGCAUUUGGAGGAGCAGUGGUAAUUACAAUUGGCAUGUUUUUCCCUUACUUUUUGUUUACCAUUGCUGGGUUUGACCUCCUGGAAAAGCUGGUUCAUAACAAGUUCCUAGCAAGUUUCUUUGAUGGCCUAUGUGGCUCCGUUAUUGGUGUCAUAGCGAUUAUUGCCUUCCAGAUCCUUAAAUCCAGUGUUAGAGGUGGCGAGCAAGAUUCCCAGCUCAAACCCGUGGAGCGGUCGGUUUCCAAAGCAGCGAACAGCGGUCCUGCGGCGGUCUUAUACUUACUCACGCUGGGUAUUUUGUACAAGGCCAACAAUAAGUGGGUUCCUCUCUUGCUUGUAGUUUUUGGAUCCGUCGCCGGGCAGUUUAUAUUUGUUGAUUAG